CCUACAACACUUAGACCGGGUGGUUGGCUCACCACGGCGCGAGAAGCGGAGGAGGGUCGUCUGGCAAAGGACAAGACCAACGGCCGUGCUCUCUCUCUGGCUCUCGCUCUUGUCUGGGUUGGGCUUACCCACCCUACUGCUGCUGUGGAAAAGAGGUCGCUGUAUCUUUGGUCCCAGUUGUUGGAGGCCGGCGUAAGGAGUCUGUUUCUUUUAGCGGAAACAGAUAAACGGUGCAAUAUUCUUCCGCUGUAACCCGGAGGCAGGGGUCUCCACCAAGGGCUCAGCGUCACAGCAACAUAAGCUAUUUGCUUUACGGAGAGUAGAAGACAUAUGGCGGCGAAGUUGGAGAGGCUGGGCGUGCGGGCGGCCGCGGGGUGGCUCCUAUCCGCGCUGCUGCUGCUCGGGUGCCUUGUGCCCUUCACCCGCGGCGAGCGGGCUUCUGCUGGAGGGAUACCCCUCGUGCAGCCGGAGGACCGUCCGCAGCAGCAGCGGGAGAUGGGCUCGCUGCUGGAGCAGCCACUGGCGGCGCCGGGGGGCGGAGGCGGGGAAGAAGGGGCAAAGGGGCUUGUGCUACAGCCGAAGACCCUCGUUGCGGAUGGUCCCGAGCUAUCGUCCUUCCCCAGCGUCUCGAACUCGACGAUUCUCUUCUUGCACGUUUUCAAGUGUGCUGGGACCACUCUGAGGGAGGUCCUGACCACCUGGGCGAAGCUGGAGGGUUUGAACGGCGCAAUUGUGGAGUACUGCAGGUCGAAGACUUUCACGAACGUCGGUCGAAUCUGCCUCAAUUCCCAGAACGAUCUAAUGGACCCGAUUCGAGAGAAGUGGCUCGUUGCGGGAUCCAAGCUCUUGGCGGGGCAUUUCCUUUGGGAUUUCCGGCACUACGUGACCCCACCCUACCUGAUGGUGACCACGCUGCGGAACCCCCUGGAGCUGUUCGUGUCGUCCCAGCAGUUCAUGCACAAGGCCGAGACGAAGACGUUGGACGACUCCGUGGCGUUCGUGGGUCAAAGCAUGAAGAGCCGGCUCGGGUGGGCCGACCCAACGGAUCUCGCUUUCAUCCGAAGAUUUUUGGACUCGGAAACGGCCAACAGCUACGACCCGCAAGUUCUGUACAGUGACGAAGAGAUGUCGGCGAUGGUCCAGACGGCAGUGGACCACCUCAACACGUUUUACGUCGUGGGCGUCGUUGAGCAGUACCAGGGAUUCAUCGAAGUGUUAAAGCGCACCUUGGACCCUGACGAGUCUCACCCCAAGCUGUGGGCGGCCGCUGUUGGAGUCCUUGACAACGGCUCCCCGGUGCACUCCGGAGACGUAUUGAGCGGCAUCGACCCGGAUCUGGUGAGAGAGUUCAACGCGACUGCGUUGGCGCGGCAGUGGCAGGUUUACGACGUCGCCCUCAAGCUGUGGGACAGUAGGUGUCGGGAGAUACUUCCCCCGGAAGACCACGAGGCCCUAUGCUCGGUGCCAUCCCACAGAUGAUGAGUGGACUACGCCUGCUGUGCCGAUUGUGCCGAUUGGUCCCCCAAUGGUGACGACAUUGGUUACCGACUGGUCACUAGAUAGUGCCGAUGAGUUCCUAAGUAGUGCCGACAUUGGUCACUUCGUUGUUCCGAGUGGUCCCGGAAAAGUGCCGAGCUUGGUCACUUCGACGUGCCGAUUGGUCACUCAAUGGUGCCGAGAUCGGUCUUCAUAGUGACGAUUUGGUCACUAAAUGUUGACGAGAUUGGUACGCCGGUUGGUCCCUGAAUAGUACGGAGGUUGGUCGCUCGGUCGUGCCGGUUGGUGUCUCAAUCGUGCCGCGUGCCAGGUGUAGUGCCGGAGAAAUACCGUGAAACAUUUGGAAUAUUAUAUGGUAUUAUAUAUGGUAUCCCGUUCUUGCUGUCGGGUGCCCGGUUUACGUGCCGGCGACCGUAGAGGAUGGAGGAGCAUUACGGCACUUUUUAGUAAGCAGACCCCCACCCUAUAACGGCCGAAGCCCUUUCGCGAUAACCACCGCAAGGUAUCGAGACCGCUCUUUUGGGGUGCUUGUAAACGUGAAGGAGGGUAAAAUGGCGCCAGAAUAGAUUGGCACUACAUACAUAUCCACUUUUGCCAAGUGAAGGAUGUGUGGGUCUCUUCCCCCCCUGUUUUUUUUACAUAGACACUUGUUUUUUUCCGUUUUAUUUUUCUAUGUCUACGACACCUGUUUUUGAUUUUUUUUCCACGUUUCGGUAUGUUGUUGAGGCUUGUAGGGAAUAGGCCAUGAUUGCGGGAGAGUAGUAUUGUUUCGUUUUGUGCUUUUCUCGGUCUCUUGGCCAACUUGAAGGGAGUAGGCCGUGCAUACGGGAUAAUGUUUUCGUUUUUAGGGGAGGAUUCUCGUCCCUUGACCUAUCUACGUGAGCGAUGCUUUCAUUCUUUUCCUAUUUUGUCCUGCGAAGAGGAACAAUGAGGAAAUAUCCUUUUCAAAACGCCGUCGUCGUCGGGCGUGAAAAAUUGUGUAGAGUUUUUGUCUUGGUCUACACUGCAACCUAUCGUCGCCGCCUGUUUGGGCAUAGAGUGGGAUGUGAAUCCCACCUCGUGUGACAGCUACGCCUCGAGAUUCAAACCCACCCCCUCCGUCUAUCGUGUCAUGGGUGAAGCGGACAACAGCUGUAUGAUUUUUGGGUUUGGGGUGUUGAUUGUUUCUAUUUUUGGUGUUUUUUAUUUUGCCAGGUUUCCGAGCGCAAUGUGUAAAGGUUGAAGGGUUUCUACGAGCGAAGCCGCUGGGGAUUGAGUUUUGUAGCAGCUCGUUCGAGUCAUUUUAUUUUGCCGGUGAGGACUGUUCCGCGGAUCGUUUCUUUGGCUUGGUGGCUUUGCAAUGCUUCGCUGCUGCUGGCUGCUGUUCGGUCUUGAGAAGAAUGUUUGCAUUUUGUAGUUUUUUCAGUACUUGAACGUCGUUGUCUUCUGUUUCUCUCACUUUGGAAGCGUUGUAGUGUAGUCAACGUACAUCUGUUUUAUUCUACAGGCGUAGUUCACCGUCGUUAUGUGGCGUGUGGUGCGCACUCACUCUGUGGAAGGCACAACAACCGAUCGUUCAUUGCCGUUUACUGCUGUGUUACUGUCCUCGUAUCUUGUCGUAUUUUGACGUGUGUUUUUCUUGUUGCUUGUGUUUUGUUUUUGUUCAUGGCGCAGAGUUAUCUUGUUUGCCCGGGGCCGUCCUUUUGAUUAGAACUCUCUCCGGUUUCUUCCGUGACGCCUAUCUGAGCCUGCGAAUAUGGCAGGUAUUCCAUCCGCGUCGGUUGGACCUAUUCGGAACGGAUGGUAUUGUCAGCAUAACGAGGUGUUCCGAGAGGGGGAGACACAUCUGGACAAGAAAGACGUGUUAAGUUGAGUUUCUUGUAUUGGCGAGUCCGGUGGUUUUCAUUUCGUGUUUUGAAAUGGGGGGGGCGGGGGGCAUGGUAGCUGGCAUAUGGGGAAGAGGAGCUAGCUGUUCACGACGUACCGGCCAGCUGUGGGUGUAGUGCUUGCUGUCAGGGGCGUCCAAGGCAUGGGGAACGGAGUGACCGUUCGUGUUGUUACGACGACCAGGUAUUACUGUAGUGGCCUCCAUGGCAUGGGGAACGGAGUGACCGUUCAUAUGUUGUUACGACGACCAGGGGAAUGUGUUGGCUCCGGGGUCGGGUGCGCUUGUUAUCGUCGUGCCGCAUGUUAGAGCGUACAGUGCGUUCUGGGCCGCGUGCUGCUGCUGCUGCUGCUGCUGCUGCUGCUGCUGUGUGUGGUAAAAUAGUGGGUGGCGCAUGGUGCAUGCGCGGCAUGCGGGAAAACUUGCGCAGCUUGCCAGCACCCAAUUCGGCUUCAUUUCAGGCGUAUGAAUCCACCCAAAACAUCACGAAGCCGCAGCGUUUGGCUUGGCUUUUUCCUGCGCGGGGGGUUCGGCAGACAGAGUUCGCGAAGACUAUUCAUGUAUUGUGCAUUUGUGCCCUAGGGGAAGUACAAUAUGGCACCAGUUUCGUUUUACCGGAAUCUAUAUUGUGAGUCAGUCGAUUGGAGGUGUUUGUGCCGUUCAAUUCUGAAUUGUCCGUGUUCGCGCCUGUGCGAUUUAAUAUUAUGAAUAGUCUUACACUACUUGAACGUUGCCGCGUCCAGUGUAAUCAUCCAUCAUCCUGCGUGACCCCGGCAGGUCGGUGCGCUGUGGACUUGGCAUCUAACUCUGGAGUCUCAUCUACGGAGACAGCACGUUCCGUUGAAUGGAUAUCUUGCGGGAUGCCU